AGGGGCCAAAAAUGAUGUAAGAAAACAGACUGGAACUGUUACAAACAGACAACAACUCACAGUCAACAAAAUGGAGAAAUGGGUUGACCGGGUUGCACUAGUGACUGGAGGGAAUUCAGGCAUCGGUUUCGCCAUAACAGAAUCUCUCCUCGAUUGGGGUCUAAUUGUGAUUUCGAUUGAUAAAGACAUAACAAACCUUCAGAAAUUGAAUGAAACCGGCAAAUGGAUCUCAGCGAAAGGGCAAAGGCUUCAUCCUCUGAUGGUUGACUUGUGCGAUGAGGAUCAGGUCAUCCGAGCAUUUCAGUGGGCUGAGAAUAACCUAAACACAAUUGAUCUACUGGUCAACAAUGCUGGAGUCGGUGGAACUUUAAGCCUUUUGAGUGGAAAUACAAGCGAAUGGAAACGACUUUUGGACGUAAAUGUCAUCGCGUUUAGUUUGUGUGCAGUCCAAGCAGUAGCAUUAAUGCGAAAGACCAAAAACCAGCAAGGGCAAAUAAUUAACAUUACAAGUAAUUUAGCAAAUUUUGUUCCUACUUAUGCCCCGUUUCAUUUCUACGCAGCUACAAAACAUGCGGCAAAAGCAUUUACAGAAGGUCUGAGACAAGAAUUAAUUGACAUUGAAAUCCCAAUCAGAAUCACAAGUAUUAGUCCAGGUCUUGUGAAAACAGGAAUACUCAAAUCAUCUCUAGGCAUAGAUAUGGACAAACUUGUUUUUGACAAGCAUCCGAGUAUAACGCCACAUGACGUAGCUGCAUCUCUCGAGUACAUAUUGAGCACACCAAUACACGUUACCAUAAACGAAGUGGCGAUUAGACCAACAAGAGCUUUAAACUAAAGUAAAAAGUGCGUGAGAACAUAUAUAUCAGAUAUUACCAAUUAUACUUUGAAGUACCUGCAAUAUGAAAAAUACAAACACAAGGGACUAAAGCAUAUCCCGGUUUAAUAAUAAAUAAUUACAUCCUCUA